AUGAAAGAGGAAUGCAUGUGGAAGCAAUGGGCAAGAACAGCAUGGCUGAAGGAGGGUGAUCUAAACACUCAGGCAGAGGAAGUGGACCAAGCUCUUAAACAAAUGGCACCUCUUACCGCCCCGAGGCCUGAUGGUAUGUCUCUUAUUUUCUAUAAGACUUAUUGGCACAUAGUUGGUAAGGAUGUAACUACUAUGGUUUUAAAUGCUUUAAAUUCUAGUGUGGUUCAUGAGUCCCUAAAUCCCACUUUCAUAUCUCUCAUCCCAAAAAUAAAUAACCCAAAAAGAGUCUUUGAUUUUCGACCUAUCAGUCUCUACAAUGUGGUUUACAAGCUGAUUUCUAAGGUGUUGGUUAAUCGGUUGAAAAAAAUCUUGUCAAAUCUGGUUUUUGAAUCCCAAAGUGCAUUCCUAUCUGGUAGAUUAAUUUCAGAUAAUGUGUUGGUUGCAUUUGAAACUUUGCACUAUCUUAAGAGAAAAACUCAAGGUAAAUUGGGUUUUAUGGCACUAAAACUUGAUAUGAGUAAGGCAUAUGACCGGGUAGAAUGGGUCUUUUUGGAGAAAAUAAUGAAGAAAUUGGGUUUUACUGAUAAACUGGGGUUGUUAAAAAAGGCAGAAGCAAAUGGGGAUAUCAGAGCACUAGUAGGUAGAGCGAAGAAACAAAGCUUUGCCUACAUUAAAGAAAGGGUAUGGAGAAAGUUACAUGGGUGGAAGGAGAAGCUCCUUUCUCAAGCUGGUAGGGAAAUUUUGAUUAAAUCCGUCAUUCAAGCCAUCCCUACAUAUAUGAUGAUUUGUUUCAAACUCCCUAAGGGGUUGAUUAAGGAAUUGGAAAUGCUCAUUAGGAAGUUUUGGUGGGGGUAUGAUGGUAACAUUAAAAAGGUGCAUUGGGUGAAAUGGGAAAGGCUUUGUGAUGAUAAGGGGAAAGGAGGAAUGGGUUUUAAGGACAUUGAGAAAUUUAAUGAUUCUUUGUUGGAAAAGCAAGUUUGGCGUAUGAUAAAUAAUCUGGACUCCCUGUGCCAUAGAGUCUUUAAAGCCAGAUUUUUUCCCGAUUGUUCGAUACUUGAAGCCAAGGAGUCUACCAUUGGUUCCUAUGCAUGGAAAAGCAUUUUAAGUGCUCGAGAUGUAAUCCAAAAAGGGAUGGUAUGGAGGAUAGGGAAUGGGAGCUCUGUCAGAAUCAAAGAAGACAAAUGGUUGCCAGUCCAAUCACACAAAUAUGUUGUAUCACCUAUGCCCACUAUUGAACUGGGUGCAAGAGUGAAUACACUCAUCAAGGCAGAGACAGCCACUAUUUGUGGCAUCCCAUUGAGCACUAGACUUCCACGGGAUCAGAUUAUAUGGGGCCUUACUCCCUCUGGUACUUUCACAACUAAGAGUGCUUAUAAACUUUUAGUUUCCCAUGCUUCAACUAACCUUACAGGUACCUCUUCAUUGGCACAAGAAAAUAAGUUCUGGAAAGACCUUUGGCAGCUAAGAGUUCCUAAUAAAAUAAAACACUUCGCUUGGCGGGCGUGUAACAGUUCCCCUCCAACCAUGGUCAACCUUCAACACAGGCAUAUCUCUGUCUUGGAUAGGUGCAAAGUGUGCAAGACUCAGCCUGAAGGUGAACUCCAUGCUCUUUGGUCCUGUUCGAAGCUUGCCGAGUGGUGCCCACCUGAUGCUUACAUCUUCAAGGCCAACUUCAACGCGACGGUGUUUAAGUCAGAAAACUUGGUUGGCUUAGUUGUCGUAAUUAGGGACUGGUGUGGUGAGGCUAUCGGUGCAUUAUACACGUCAGUCCCCCUAGCUCAGAUAGUGGUUGAGUUGGAAGCACUGGCGUGUCGUAGAGUAAUGCAGUUUGCCAAGAAGAUAGGCCUUACACAAGUCAUUUUUGAAGGUGACUCGUUCACAGUCAUUCAAGCAAUACAGGAGGGGUCUUUUGACGUCUUACCGUACGGGCAUGUCAUAGAUGAUAUUCGCGUUCUAGCUUUGGACUUUCAGUUUUCUGUGUUCACUCAUGUUUCACGAGUUUGUAAUGUUGUCGCUACGCAUUAG